UGUUUGCAGUCCCCCCCUAUAUCAUCCUGUCCAGAUGCGAGUUCCGAGUUACAGACAACUCGCAUUCAGAGAAGACUGUCACUUCUUGGAUCUGUACAUUCAACACAGCAGCAGAGAUGAAUGCAAAAUAUGCCUUGGCACUGAUCCUCGCUCUGCAGGUCUCCAUGAGCCUCUGUGAAGUUCCUGCACCUUCACAGGAACUUGUUGACAAGUAUGAUUCGAUGAAAUCUGUGUUCUACAAGAGGCUGCUGAAUGCUUACAGCAAGCUGCAGCAAGCCGUUGGUCCUUUAGUGGAGGGCCUUAGUGAAAACGAUCGUGCACAGUCUGCCAGGAACUUCAUUGAGGAACUGCAGACCAAGCCCGAGUUCCAAGCCUUCGUCAAGGUUGCCCAUGGCGUGGGUGAGGAGGCAGGCCCCGUGGUGGACAAGGCCCGUACAUCCCUGCUGGGUUUGUACGAACACUACAUGCGCCCCCAUGUUGGCAACGAACUGAGCAGCGCCAUCGACCACAUCAAGAGCUACCUGGACGUAUACAUGCCUGCUGAGUAAAGAAGACCAACUGGAGUAAAUCACCUGUUAGCAACCAGUGUUAGAUGAUAGCUCAUAGAAACUACACCAGUUUAGGUUGAGAAGAGAAAUGCACAAUGCAAAUACAAUCCUUUGCCUCUUUUCAAAUCAAUGUCUUUGCCAAAUCAUGCAGAGUUAAGAGCAGGGAAACACCACCUAUGCAAACUGUGCAUGUACAGUAUUUUGUGUUUGAUACACUAACCAAAGUCUGUGUGUGAUUGUGUAUGUAUAUGUGUGAAUGUGUUCAAUAAAAUGAACUGGAAACUA